AUGAACACCAGCCCCUCUGGGAUCAUCUGCAGCUGCCAUAGUUGUGUUUGGCUUUCUCUUUUUUUUUCUCUAGCUGGUUUCCAGAAUGGAGGAGCCACUGUCAAUGGAGAUGUCUUUCAGGAGUCCAACGGCCCCACGGCCGCCUACGUAGCCAUAGCCAAGGCUGACCGGCUGACCCAGGAACCUGAGAGCAUCCGCAAGUGGAGAGAGGAGCAGAAGAAGCGCCUAGAGGAGCUGGGUGAGACCCAAGGCCAUGUGUGGCCAUGCUCGUGGNNUGAAAAGGCCAAGAAGGACCUGGAGGAGUGGAACCUGCGUCAGAAUGAGCAGAUGGAGAAGAACCGGGCAAACAACAGGAUCGCUGACAAAGCCUUUUACCAGCAGCCGGACGCCGAUGUGAUUGGCUAUGUGGCCUCGGAGGAAGCAUUCCUGAAGGAGUCCAAGGAGGAAACCCCAGGCUCUGAGUGGGAGAAGGUGGCCCAGCUCUGUGAUUUCAACCCCAAGAGCAGCAAGCAGAGCAAGGAUGUCUCGCGGAUGCGCUCGGUGCUCAUCUCCCUCAAGCAGACGCCCUUGUCCCGCUAG